GUACAAACGUGGCAACACACAAGGAAGAGAAACAUUAUCCUAACCCUAGUCCUGAAACUCCUGAUAAUGCUCUCUUUUCGAUUUCCAAUUUCAGCUGAUAACGCUCGCCAUACUUUCAAGUCCAAACACUCUUCUUGUACUUUUCGAAGUAACAGAAUCGAUUCAUUUUCUUUUCCUCCAAUCUCAGUUCCCAGAUUUCACAAACUUCGCACAGCUAAAACUGAUGUAGUUGGGGAAGAAGAAGCAAGAGAAGUAAACGAGAGAGCGGAGGGAUUUCCGGACGGUCUUCGGAGAGAACUGAUGCCGGAACACGUGGCCGUCAUUAUGGACGGGAACGUGAGGUGGGCACAGAAGAGGGGGUUGCCGGCGGCGUCGGGUCACCAAGCAGGUGUGAGGUCGUUGAGAGAGCUGGUGGGGCUCUGUUGCAAAUGGGGGAUCAAAGUUCUCUCGGUUUUCGCAUUUUCCUAUGAUAAUUGGUCUCGUUCCGAAGGGGAGGUUGGUUUUCUUAUGAGCUUGAUCGAAAGAGUGGUCAAAGCUGAGCUGCCCAAUUUUGGGAGGGAAGGCAUUCGAGUGUCCGUGAUUGGGGAUUUGUCAAAGCUUCCUGAGCAACUACAGAAACUGAUAAUUGAUGUAGAGGAGACCACUAAGGAGAACUCGCGAUUACAGUUCAUUGUGGCACUUAGCUAUAGUGGGCAGUGUGACAUACUACAAGCAUGCAAAAACAUUGGUUACAAAGUAAAGGAUGGCCUUAUCGAACCGGAAGACAUCAACAAAAGCCUAAUUGAACAGGAGCUACAGACAAACUGUACUGAAUUUCCCUUCCCUGAUCUACUUAUACGAACUAGUGGCGAACUUAGAGUCAGCAAUUUCAUGUUGUGGCAAAUAGCCUACACUGAACUUUGCUUUUUUAGCACACUGUGGCCUGAUUUUGGGAAGGAUGAGUUUGUGGAGGCCUUAAGUUCUUUUCAGAAAAGGCAGAGACGAUAUGGUGGGCGAAACUGAAUUUACUAAUUACAUAUAGAUCCCCAACUUCUGCUCCAUUCAUAUGGAGAACUUGUAUACCAUUAUAUGAAGUUAAAUUCCUGAGAAUUCACUUAUUACACACAGAUCCCCAACCUAUACUCCAUUCAUAUGGAAAACUUGUACCAUUAUAUGAAACUCAUUCUUCAGAAGGGAACUGAUCAUACCCUGCUUCCAAGUUUUAAGCAUGAAGUGCCUUGCCAUUUAUAUACAUACUUUUACUUCA